ACACUGUGCGGGCCAGUGACGUCAACAGGAAGCGACUGGAAGAAGUGGGAGAUUCGAAGUGGUUGUGUGUAAAUUUAACGCGUUCAAACUGUGAUUUUAUCAAACUGCCCCGCGUCUCAUGCACUAAUCCGACAUUUUGGAGGCUUCUCGUGAAGAAGUAAUGGCCACCCCGAGCAAGACGCCGCCCGGCGCCGACCCCAAGCAGCUGGAGAGGACGGGGACGGUGCGUGAGAUCGGCUCCCAGGCCGUGUGGUCCCUCUCCUCCUGUAAACCCGGUUUUGGAGUCGAUCAGCUGAGGGACGACAACCUGGAGACCUACUGGCAGUCGGACGGAUCCCAGCCUCACCUGGUCAACAUACAGUUCAGGAGGAGGACGACGGUGAAGAUGUUGUGUAUUUACGCCGAUUACAAGUCGGACGAGAGCUACACGCCGAGUAAGAUCUCCGUCCGAGUGGGAAACAACUUCCACAACCUCCAGGAGAUCAGGCAGUUAGAGAUGGUGGAGCCCAGCGGGUGGAUUCACAUCUCCCUGAUCAACCAGAGAACCAACGAGCCCAUCAGCACCUUCAUGAUCCAGAUCGCUGUGUUGGCGAAUCACCAGAACGGCAGAGACACUCACAUGCGUCAGAUCAAGGUCUACACGCCGGUGGAGGAGAGCUCCAUCGGCAAGUUCCCACGAUGCACCACGGUGGACUUCAUGAUGUACCGCACCAUCAGGUGAUCCGGGCCGAGGCCGCGACGCAGAGACUCACGUUCUGGACGAGAACAUACUCUCACACUUUGAUAUUUCUGGGGGGGGGGGAAGAAAACUUUGGAGUUUCAUAAACUCAAAAUUAAAAGCCUCAAACUUUUGUGCCAACGCAGCGUUUACUGUUGUGGAAUUCAUUUCUAAUGUCGCACAGCGAGAAAGACAAGAUUCAGAUGGAAUCACACAGAGCUACGCUAGGCUAAGCUAGGCUAAGCUAGGCUAGGCUAAGCUAAGCUAAAGGUUGA